CGCAAAACGGAUGUUUAUGAAAAAGUGUCCGAUGAUUCUGCAUGAAUAAAGUAGUUAUUACUCGGUCAGCCUGAAUUAUACAUAACAAUGGUUUGUGAAAAAUGCCAAAAGAAAUUGGGAAAAGUUAUAACACCAGAUCCUUGGAAAUCAGGAGCAAGAAACAUAACUGAAGGAGGAGGGAGAUCGGUCGGAGAAAACAAAGCACUUACUUCCAAGAAAAAUAGGUUCUCUCCCUACCAAUCAGAGUUCAAGAAAUGCAGAAUUUGUAAAACAUCAGUCCAUCAACCUGGCUCACAUUACUGUCAAGGAUGUGCCUACAAGAAAGGAAUUUGUGCUAUGUGUGGGAAAAAGAUCACAGAGACUAAAGGCUAUAAACAAUCAUCUGUCUGAAAAACAUUUUUAAAAUUGAUCAAUCAGUGUCCCGUUUAAAAGACCAAAAGUGUUUAAAGUGGUAUUUAACAUGGAACAUUGGACCAUUAAGUGUUCAGAUUUAAAGGUGUUUAGAUACAAAACAGGUUUGACUGCACUGUAAAUCGAGUCUUGUAUAGUCCUAAAUUGACUAACCAACUACAUAUUGAAAUAGAGGAUGAGUGUAGGAAUGAAAGCCUGUUUUUUGUAAAAAGUGCAUAAAUGUGUUUGUCCUUUGUCCUGAACUGACUUAUUGCAUGGAUAAAUGGAUGAAUCUAUACCCGAACGUCAUUCAGUGGGAGAAUGAAUAGGUAACUGUUUUGCACGGAACACAAUUGAAUAUGCUUAUAUGUAAAUGUAUCUCUAGAUCUAUAAUAUAUAUAUAGAAAUACAUGACAUUUUGUUUUUAAAAUGUAUAA